UUCAUGUUUUGUGGAGGAACAACCUUAACUUUUUCCUUCGAAUGCGCCGCCACACCACGACAUGGAAAACACCGCUCGCAGAGUGACGCGUGGAGCCCACCCAUCGACUCAUUCGCGCCAUUUCGCUUCUCCCGCCACCUCAGCACUUCUUCCAUCUUAAGGAAAACCUCAAACUACCCUUCCCGAAUUCUCACACUGCGUACGUGUCACGUUCCCACUGGCUAGCACUUGCAUGGCUCAUGCAAAACAUAAAUUCUAUAUAUACAAACACACUCAUCUCUCCAAAUCUUUGCCUCCAUCGUCUCCACACAGAACCAUAACCUUCAUUUUAUUCGCUGUUUCAGAUCCAAUUAAAGCAAACUCAAUCAUCGAUUCCAUAACCAUAACUGUUUCUCGUGUGAGCGAUUGUCACCUUUCUUCAAAACCAAAAGCCAUGAGCCCUUCACACUUCCAUUCAAAGAGAGAAAUCACCUCCACCAAUAACAAAAACACCACCAAUGGAUUGCUACCACCACCUUUGAAAAUCAGCAAGGAAUCUCAUUUCAUAAAAAAAUCGUCACCACAAUCCUCAUCUUCAUCGUCAUCAUCAAUAUCAUCCUCCCUGGUUAACACUGCAAUGCCAGCAUCAUCGUACAGACCGCAGCAACAACGUCACCCUGUCAUCAUUUACACACAUUCUCCAAAAGUUAUCCACACUCAACCUAAGGAUUUCAUGUCAUUGGUGCAAAAACUCACCGGCCUCUCUCGUUCGGAUUCAGAGGACGAGGAGGAGGACGAUGACAACCCACCGCCGCCGCAACAACAGUUGAAGCAGGAGUCCGGAGGUAGCCUUGCGGCGGUGAUGGGAGACAAGGAAAGUGAUAGAGAAAGUAUGAUUAUUGUGAGAAACGAGGAAAAUGAGGCAUCGUCGGUGCUGACCGAAGAAAAUAAUUGUAGCAGCAGCAUGGGAGAAAACCAAGUUAACUCGUGUUUCAUGGCAGGGGAGGGACCGAUUAUAGAGCCUCCGAUGACCCCUUACGUGACAAUGAUGGCGGCGCCGAGCUCCACAAAGUUCGUGUGUUCGAGUCCGCCAUUGAUGAAUUACUCAGAUUCUUUGUUUUUCUCACAUAACUUGAGGACCUCUAUUCCAUCACCGGCCACGUUGGAAGGGACGAAAGACUUCCGUGACCACUGAUUAUAGUUUAACCUUUUUUUUGUUUGGGUCAAUAAAGGUUCUAGUUUUUCAGGAUAGAACUUCGUUUUUUUAAGAAUUAUAAAAUGGUUUUUGUCUUUUGUAGAAAAGUUGUAUCUACAGGUGUUUUUACAGUUGUUACUUUAAUACCCAG